AUGAUCAAUGAAACAUUCUGCAAUUCUCAUGUUAUUAUAUGUUAACUGCAGCAGGUGAAGAAGCUAGAAAGGAAGAGACCUCAGAUAAUGAAAAUAAGUCAAAAGCAGUUCCCAGCCUUGUACAAUAUAAAUGGUGGAUCCAAAUUUCUAUUUAUUCAACAUUUGUUCUAUCUGGUCAAGCAAUUGGUACACUCUUAGGAAAACUAUAUUUUAAUAAAGGAGGAAAUAGCAUAUGGUUAGCUUCAUUAGUACAAAAUAUUGGCUUCCCAAUUCUCAUCCCUUUCCUCUUAAUACCAUCAUUAACCAAUAAGAGUGAACAAAAUAGAGAUGUUAAUAUAAAGAAACCUUCUAUUUUUGUUCUUAUUCCUCUUUAUAUUUCCCUUGGUUUAUUUUUAGCAGGAAAUUGUAUGCUUUACUCUAUAGGACAAUUAUAUAUAUCUGUUACCACUUAUACACUUAUUUGUACUAGCCAAUUAGGAUUCAAUUCCCUAUUUUCAUUCUUUUUAAACAAACAAAAAUUCACACCUUAUAUAGUGAACUCUUUAGUACUUCUCACAAUUUCUUCUUCACUCCUUCUGCUCCAAAAUGACGACAAUUCUGGAUAUUCCAAUAAGAAAUACUCUAAGAAAAAGUAUAUAAUUGGUUUUUUAUGUACCUUAGCUGCAUCUGCUGGUUAUGGAUUCAUGCUCUCUAUAACACAAUUAGCCUUUCAGAAAAUCUUUAAGAGGGAAAGUUUUCGAUUAAUCAUAGAAAUGACAAUUUAUGAGUCCUUAGUCGCGACAUUGGCAAACUUGGUGGUGUUAUUUGCAAGUGGAGAGUGGAAAAUCUUGAACAAAGAGAUGAAUGAGUUUGAACUUGGGAAGAAAUCAUAUGUUUUGAAUUUGAUUGGAACUGCUGUUUCUUGGCAAGCUUUUACAGUUGGUUCAAUUGGGCUGAUUUUCAAGGUUUCUUCACUGUUUUCCAAUGUGAUUAGCAUUCUUGGUGUGCCUAUGGCUCCUGUUUUCUCUAUGUUAUUUCUUCAUGAGAAAAUGAAUGGUGUGAAGGUGAUAUCAAUGGUGUUGGCUAUGGGGGGUUUCUUGUCAUAUAUGUAUCAGCAUUACCUUGAUGAUUUGAAGAAAAAGUCCGAAAAAAAUGUUUCAAGUAAUGUCUCUGAGAUUUCUCUCACUGAAAGAAGUUCGUAAAAAAAAAAGGGGGUAGCCGGUGCAUGAAGUAUCACACAUUCACGCAAUGUCCGGGAAAAGACUGCAUCUUAAGCGGGUGUGAUGUAGGCAACCUACUCUUAAGCAGAGUCCAUGAUUGAUUCCACGGCUCAAACCUCUGACCUAUACGUAUAGGUCACUUAUACCUAUAUUUCAACACGAAUAUAACUUUAUCA